AUGGGCCUACGGAUCCCGAUCCUGUUCCUGUGCCUCUCGGCCUGGGCCGCGGUGGCUCGAGGCGAGGAUCCUUACUUGUUCUUCACGUGGAACAUCACCUACGGCACGGUCUCGCCCCUGGGGGUCCCCCAGCAGGCCAUACUCAUCAACGGCCAGUUCCCGGGGCCAAACAUCAACUCCACCUCCAACAAUAACAUCGUCGUCAACGUCUUCAACCACCUCGACGAGCCGUUCCUGAUCACAUGGAACGGAGUGCAACAAAGAAAGAACUCUUGGCAAGAUGGCGUGCUUGGGACCAACUGUCCAAUCCCUCCAGGAAAGAACUACACCUACCAUUUCCAAGUGAAGGAUCAAAUUGGAAGCUACUUCUACUACCCAAGCACUGCCAUGCACCGCGCUGCCGGUGGCUUCGGCGGCCUUCGCAUCAACAGCCGGUUGCUCAUCCCGGUCCCGUACGCCGACCCCGAGGACGAUUAUACGGUCAUGAUCGGCGACUGGUACACCAAGUCGCACACCCAACUUAAGAGCUUCUUGGACAGUGGCCGAGCACUCGGCCGACCUGACGGGGUCCUCAUCAACGGGAAAUCGAACAAGAGCCGAGGAAAAGACGAGCCCCUCUUCACGAUGAAACCCGGCAAGACCUACAAGUAUAGGAUAUGCAACGUCGGCCUCAAGAACUCCCUCAACUUCAGGAUUCAAGACCACCCGAUGAAGCUCGUCGAGAUGGAAGGAUCUCACACGGUCCAGAACAACUACGAGUCGCUCGACGUCCAUGUCGGGCAGUGCUUCGGCGUCUUGGUUACGGCCGACAAAAAGCCUAAGGACUACUUGAUGGUCGCUUCGACCCGCUUCACCAAGACCGUGCUCACCACCACCGCCGUUGUCAGCUAUACGAAUGGCAAGGGACAGGCUUCACCUGAGAUCCCGAAAGCACCAGUCGGAUGGGCUUGGUCGCUCAACCAGUUCAGAUCCUUCCGAUGGAACCUGACCGCCAGCGCCGCCAGGCCCAACCCUCAGGGAUCCUACCACUACGGCCACAUCAACAUCACUCGCACCAUCAAGCUCGUCAACUCGGCCUCUAAGGUCAACGACAAGCUCCGCUACGCCAUCAACGGCGUCUCCCACGAGGAGCCCAAGACCCCGCUCAAGCUCGCGGAGUACUACAAUGUGGUCGACAAGGUCUUCAAGUACAAUGCGAUCCAGGACGACCCGCCCGCCACCGUCGGCGACAAGGUCACAGUGGAGCCUAACGUGGCCAACAUCACGUUCCGCACAUUUGUUGAGAUCAUCCUGGAGAAUCACGAGAACUCCAUCCAGUCGUGGCACCUCGAUGGCUACUCCUUCUUCGCGGUCGCGAUCGAGCCCGGGAGGUGGACGCCGGACAAGAGGAAGAACUACAACCUCCUUGACGCGGUGAGCAGGCACACGGUCCCGGUGUUCCCCAAGUCGUGGGCGGCGAUCAUGCUGACGUUCGACAACGCCGGGAUCUGGAACCUGAGGUCGGAGCUGCUCGAACGGCGGUACUUGGGACAGCAAAUGUACCUCAGCGUCCUGUCGCCGGAGCGGUCCCUGAGGGACGAGUACAACAUUCCCGACAACGCAUUGCUCUGCGGGAUCGUCAAGGACAUGCCCAAGCCUCCACCUUACUCCAUAUAG